AUGAAGGGCUUCCUGCAGGAGGUCAGGGUCUAUGAUGACGACGCAGACGGCUUCAUCCUCACGCCCCAGUUGGGCAAGCUGGUCCGCUCGGCCCGGCUCUUUCCCUCCGAGGACAACAUUGAGGAACUCAAAAAGCGGGUGGACCGGGGCGGCCGCUUCUGCCAGGAGGACUUCAUCACUGCCACUCUGGACUUCCACGAGCGACAGAAGCACAUAAACCACGAGCAAGAAAUGAUGAAGGCCUUCGCCUUCUUCGACGAAGAGGAAUGUGGCACGAUUCCUCUUGAGGAGCUGAAGAAAAUCAUGGAGUCCUUCAGCGAGCCCCUCUCCAACGAGGAGGCCGAGGAGAUCAUGCGGCUGGCUCGCAAGUCGGGCGACGGGAAGCUCCACUACCGAGAAUUCGUCAAGAUGAUCCUCAGUGGAAAGGUGGACUGA